AGACGAGCAGUCUGCUAUAUCUGUGAUCUACAAUGAAUGCCAAAUCUGCAAUCAGCAAAGAAAUUUUUGCCCCACAUGAUGAAAGGAUGCUGGGAGCCGUCCAAGUGAAAAGAAGGACAAAAAAAAAGAUACCUUUCCUAGCUACUGGGGGUCAGGGUGAAUAUUUAACAUAUAUCUGCCUCUCAGUGACAAACAAGAAACCAGCUCAGGCGUCUAUUACGAAGGUGAAGCAAUUUGAAGGCUCUACGUCUUUUGUCAGGAGAACGCAGUGGAUGCUCGAGCAGCUUCGCCAGGUCAAUGGUAUAGACCCUAAUCGGGAUUCCCCAGAAUUUGAUUUACUAUUUGAAAAUGCUUUUGACCAAUGGGUAGCAAGCACAGCUUCAGAAAAAUGCACGUUCUUUCAGGUUCUACAUCACACUUGUCAGCGAUACCUUACAGACAAGAAGCCAGAAUUUAUCAACUGCCAAUCUAAAAUUAUGGGAGGAAACAGCAUACUCCAUUCAGCAGCAGACAGUGUGACAAGUGCAGUACAGAAGGCAAGUCAGGCUUUGAAUGAGCGUGGCGAAAGGCUUGGUCGAGCAGAAGAAAAGACAGAGGAGCUGAAAAACAGUGCUCAGCAGUUUGCAGAAACUGCACACAAGCUUGCCAUGAAGCACAAAUGCUGAGAUACUGCCCAAAGUAGAAAUCUUCCCGAGAGAAACUGAAAAGGCUACGUUCAGCAACUUUUACAGGAGAUCCAGACUUCUGUGUGCUUUUUUCUUCCAGUUCAGUGGAGAUGCAUUCUUUCAGUUUCUGUGCAGGAAAAAGUGUUGCAUUUCUACCUUUUUGACUUACUUUUGUUCCUCUUUUGUAAUAUUGCUACACAGUCCUGCAGUACUUUCUACCUGUAUUUCAGUUGUUACAGGAGUGAAAGCAAACAGGGAAACUGGACCAAAUGACAAGCUGAUCAGGAUUAAAAUAGUAAUAUUCUUCCCCAGUUGUCCAGAAAAUUCUUUAACUGGUUGUGGACAUAUGUGUGGAAAUGAAAUCCAAAGAAGGGGUAUACUUUUCUCCAUUUUAUGUAGCAUCAGCAGAAUGUGAAUGUUGGAAUUAAACACCUGGGGUUGUAACUGUAGUGGAGAAUAGACUGCUUUGUCCUGGGAAACAGAAAAAUUUGUUUCUUCUGCCUAGUGUAGGAGGUUUUGCAUGUGCCAUCACCAGCAUUCAGAAGUGCAUAUCUGAAUUUCAUAGGGGAAUCUGGUACCAGUGCUGCAUUUUGAAUAUUCCUAUUUUCCCUUCUGGAUUGAUUAUUUGAAUAGUAUAGUGAAACCUACAGAAUGUACGCUUGAGGUUUC